AUGCGCAAUGCUUCGGACCCAAUUCUUGCAGAAAACAGAGAAUUUUAUGCUACGGUGUUCUCAUCAAAGAAUGAAAUUGCUGAUGCGACUCGGGCUAUCUCUUUUUAUCAAAAUGUGUUGGUUGAAUGUGAGAACUUCCCUUAUUUUCCAAAUAGUGAAAAUUAA